AUGGCUCAAUGGCUCAGUGGGAUGUAUGUGAACAAUUGGUAUUCUUCAAUUCUUAAACUCGAAAUCUGUCGAGCGUCCUCGAAAUCUAUCGAGCAUCCUCGAUCGUUUUCGAGCGUCCUCGAAAUCUAUCGAGCAUCCUCGAUCGUUUUCGAGCGUCCUCGAAAUCUAUCGAGAGUCCUCGAUCGUUUUCGAGCGUCCUCGAAAUCUAUCGGGCGUCCUCGAAAUCUAUCGAGCGUCCUCAAAAUCAAUCGAGCGUCCUCGAUUGUUUUCGAGCGUCCUCGAAAUCUAUCGAGAGUUCUCGAUCGUUUCCGAGCGUCCUUGAUCGUUUUCGAGCGUCCUCGAUUGUUUUCGAGCGUCCUCGAAAUCUAUAGGGCGUCCUCGAUCGUUUUUGAUCAUCCUCGAUUGUUAUCUAUCGAGAGUCCUCGAUCGUUUUCGAGCGUCCUCGAAAUUUAUCGGGCGUCCUCGAUCGUUUUCGAGCAUUCUCGAUUGUUUUCGAGCGUCCUCGAAAUCUAUCGAGAGUCCUCGAUCGUUUUCGAGCGUCUUCGAAAUCAAUCGAGCGUCCUCGAUUGUUUUCGAGCGUCCUCAAUCGUUUCCGAGCGUCCUCGAUCGUUUUCGAGCGUCCUCGAUUGUUUUCGAGCGUCCUCGAUUGUUUUCGAGCGUCCUCGAUCGUUUCCGAGCGUCUUCGAUUGUUUUCGAGCGUCCUCGAAAUCUAUAGGGCGUCCUCGAUCGUUUUUGAGCAUCCUCGAUUGUUUUCGAGCGUCCUCGAAAUCUAUCGAGAGUCCUCGAUCGUUUUCGAGCGUCCUCGAAAUCUAUCGAGAGUCCUCGAUCGUUUUCGAGCGUCCUCGAAAUCUAUCGGGCGUACUCGAUCGUUUUCGAGCAUCCUCGAUUGUUUUCGAGCGUCCUCGAAAUCAAUCGAGCGUCCUCGAUCGUUUUCGAGCGUCCUCGAAAUCUAUCGGGCGUCCUCGAAAUCUAUCGAGCGUCCUCGAAAUCAAUCGAGCGUCCUCGAUCGUUUUCGAGCGUCCUCGAAAUCUAUCGAGAGUUCUCGAUCGUUUUCGAGCGUCCUCGAUUGUUUUCGAGCGUCCUCGAAAUCUAUCGGGCGUCCUCGAAAUCUAUCGAGCGUCCUCGAAAUCAAUCGAGCGUCCUCGAUCGUUUUCGAGCGUCCUCGAAAUCUAUCGAGAGUUCUCGAUCGUUUUCGAGCGUCCUCGAUCGUUUUCAAGCGUCCUCGAUUGUUUUCGAGCGUCCUCGAAAUCUAUAGGGCGUCCUCGAUCGUUUUCGAGCAUCCUCGAUUGUUUUCGAGCGUCCUCGAUUGUUUUCGAUCGUCCUCGAUUGUUUUCGAGCGUCCUCGAAAUCUAUCGAGAGUCCUCGAAAUCUAUCGAGCGUCCUUGA